UCUUCUUAAAGAAGUUAAUAUUGAAUCGGAGAUCGGAGAUAAGGAAAAACAAGUCCUUAAAAAUGUUGAAAAAUUAGAACGAUUUAUAGUUGACCAAUUAAGAAAAUUAAUUGAUGAUGAUUUGGUGUUGUAA